UGGUAUAGUUGCAGAGUGAACUACCGAGUCGAUUGUGUAGUACGCAUUAUCCUAAACGGUGGGAAAUCCGAGAAUCAAAGGGGGGCUUUUGAUGACAAAUGCUUCAAGUUGAUCGUUCAUUGGUUAAGUUAAGGUACCUAGUAACACAUAGUUCAACGUUUCUACCUGAAAAUAAAGAAAAGCUGCCAAAGAGAUGGAUGCAGCAUUAUCGUGCUACAUUAUUGUCCAGUUGUCAUACUUAUUGUCAGUAAAUGCGGAGAUAUUUCUUGCCUCAAAUAGCCUUAAUAGGAGAAAUGCCAAAAGUCUUGGGAAAUUCCGUAAACACAGCAACAAAUUCUUGAAUGUGUCAGAAAAACUAACAUUGACGGUGGAAAGACCAGGCGCGUGUGUUUUGGCGUGUCUGCGAAAUGACUCUUGCUUUUCGCUGAACCUCGAGAAAACGUCUGACGGCAGAUCCAAGUUUUUGUGCGAGGUACUAUCUACCGACAUCUAUAACUCGUCCUCAAAAAUACAGACAAACACAAGCUGGACCCACUAUAGUAUUGAUACCCGCUGCUUUUUCCAACCUUGCCUGAAUAACGGCAGCUGCCAAGCACGUUACCAUGACGACAAUUAUACGUGUGCAUGUCAUGCUGGGUACACAGGGAGACAUUGUGAAGAGCCGCCAGGUUUGUCAUGCAAAGAUAUCAUGGACCAAGGAAGGAGCUGCGGAAGUGGGAAGUACUACAUCGACCCGGAAAAGACAGGAUCGGCAUUCCCUGUAUAUUGCGAUAUGGCGGACGAAGAAGGAGGGUGGACGAUGACGCUGAACUUGACAUAUGAGGCCUCACGGAACACUACCUUCACGCCCGAGGAAUCUUUUCGCUCAAUGGCAAAGUUCCGAGAGGGAUACAUGGGCAUAACCAUGGAUGCAUUGAGAGAACUCCAGCAGUUGACCUCAUUCACCCAAAUGCGAUUCGUUUGCCACAAGCAGAAAGUGGGGCGAACUCUGCACAUCAUCACAACCCCGGACAGCAAGGGGAAAGCAGUCGUGGACUUCUUCACCGCGAAGACAAACAACUUCCCAGCUGCCUGUGGCUCCUUCACCAGGGGCGCCACAGACAACUCGAUGCUAAGCGGUCGGUGUGAGAGAUGGGGCAGAGACGCACUUGGCCACUACUAUAAGGGACUCUGGGGAGAGACAGAUAUCAUUUGGCCUCCGUAUCAAAGGAUGUAUGACCAUUCGCUCUUUGAGAGAGACAUGUAUAUUUGGGCUGUAAAACACAAUUGUGACGACCUGGGAGAUACACCGACAGACGGAGACUUUUGGAAGAUAUUUGUCCGUUAGUGUUUGGUAAAAUUUAAUUGAUUUUUUCUCCUAUUUGAACUGAGGCUGUGCUCCGUGCGACAGUGCUGAAUAACGUAUGCGCAUGCGCGUGCUCUGGCGAAAACAAGCACAAUCGUAGUGUUGAAUCGUUCGAGAAAAGGUACGAAAGGCUGACUUAAGUCGCUGAUUUGACUAACUGUACAGCAUUAAAACCAUACUGUACAAAGGAUGACAGAUUUAAGUGAUAAUGAGGGAGGCAUAAAGAAAAUUAUAGCCUUAGGUUUGGUCUAGUUUCCUUAGCAUUCGCCUAAAUGUGACAGUUUGCCGGUAAAAAGCCGCCAUUUCAAAACAAAAAGGCUGGUUUAACCGCGCGGUAUUGGAACUAGUCUUGCGUUUUUCAACACUGGCGCUCCAAAUAGGUAACGCACUGCACUGUUAGCCGUCUUUUCUUCGGCGGAGAGCCCAAAAAGUCCCCAAAUUAGGCGCGACAAUUGUGUGACUGCCGAAGGCGGUUCCUCCGAACCAUCUCCGAGCGCUCACCCGAUCUAGAGGGACACCUGAGCCCACGAGCACCUACUGCGGCCAUUCACGAGCCCCGAGCUACGAGCUCCUUGAGGCCAUUCAAAAA